AGAUUGCGGAAUGGAUUCACAUUGCAGGGCUAUAACCUCACAGAGUUUACGUUAAAUAACCAUAGCUUCGUUGUUUGGGCAUAUGUCGAGCAGACACUGGAGAUAAAAAUCAACGCAUGUAAAACCCGUUCUUACACCAUAAUGUGAAUAGACAUCAAGUAAAGAAAAUGUCUUCCUGGAUUAUAUUUCCUUGAGGAUAACGAGUCCAAACGGAAGUUGACUGUGUUGCAGAUGUUGGCCAAGAAGAAUUGGAUGUUCAAAAUAGAAAGUCAACAGUCCUUUCAAAGUUGCUGUAAAGUUUGAUCUAUAUGGUGAUGUGGAUUUGUGUUCGUGGUAUCUUUAACACUCACAGAACACAUUUAUAAAUCAUUUUUACGCAAAAACUUUCGGCGUUAUCACGAUCGGACUUCACGUAAGCCUUGCUUUGAGACAUUUACUUCACCUUCCAUUGAAGCGGCAAGCAUUACACGCCUACAUUGAACUAAGCCAUCUUAUCUCUGUUCGUUCGUCUGCUGGGUUUCCUACUAAAGUCCCGACAUGGAAGAUUUUGUGUUCGGUGGGGUGUUUCCGUGUUGGGAGGAGGAAGGCGGCGGGGAGGAAUGCUUAUGGGCUACGGAUAAUGACGAAAUCAAGAGUGGUCAACUAAACCCAGACCUUGAUAUCGGCCUGUCCCCCGGGAUGGAAUGUGUGAUCAGAGGCAGUCUUUACAAUCCCGGUUGGCAGUAUGAUGCCAAGGCUAUCGAAUUCAACCACCACCGAGAUAUGUUCGGGAAGGCGGAGAAGAAAAAAACGUCUUUGGGAACAUACAAGGAUUUCGAGUCGUUAGGUGUGUUUGACGCCCAAUCUGUACUAGAACUACAGCAGAAAGAGGAGGAAGACAGGCUCUAUGAGAGAUUCCACGAGGACAGGACCAAAAUGGUCCAGCGUCUGGAGGACGAACUCAAGGUUGAGAAAGAGAAAUCGGUACAAGAACUAGUGGCUGGUUUUGAGAAGAAAAUAACAUCAAAAAAAGACAUCAAAACAGGUCUGCAGAAAGAAACCGAGAGACUCGAACAGCUGUACCAACGGAAGAAGGAAGAGCGCCUGCGUACACUUAUGAACAAACUGACCACAGAGGAAAAAAGUCAGGUGACCCGCCUGAUAGAGAAGCACAGUUCGGAGAUGUUACUGAUGAUCGCCGAGAAAUUGGUGACAAUGACAGAGACCAUACCGGAUGCCGAUACCACUACAUUACAGACAGCGUCUGUUGACCUUUCAAGGCCACCACCAGUUGCACCACCGGAAUUUAGAAGAUCACAAUUAUUCAAAAGUCCCGAGGAGUUCGAAGCGUUAGACAACCAGGUUUUCGAGGUGGCUCAAAAAGACUACUCCGCAUUCACGGACCUUGUUAAAGACCUGAUUCACAACUGUCAAACAGAUCUGGAGAAAUCAAGGGCUAUCUUCCGCUGGAUAACCGUAAAGGAUCUCAAUAAACUCGAGGUUGACGAGACUGUGAACCCGGAGUCCCCUAUGGGGUUACUCCGAGGGAUUAAAUACGGCACGGAGAGCUACCACGAUCUCUUCAAACGUCUCUGCAGUUAUGCCGGGCUCCAUUGUGAGGUCAUCCAGGGUUUAUCAAAAGGAGCGGGAUACAAACCGGGCAUGCGCAUGGACAGUGACAAGUUCCGGAACUCCUGGACAGCUGUAUUCAUUGAAGGAUCCUGGUGCUUCAUCAACUGUAAUUGGGGAGCACGGCAUGUCAAAGGUCACGACAAGGACGAAAAGGACGCUGUUACAGGCCUGGCUACAUUCUACUACAGAUGUGACGAAUUCUACUUCAUCACAGAUCCCGAGGAUCAUAUUCAUCAACAUUUCCCCGACGAUCCAAAAUGGCAGCUUCUGGAGUGUCCGAUUUCAUUGACAGAAUUCAUUAACUUGCCUGUUGUGAAAUCCCCUUUCUUCAAUUACGGUCUGAAAUUCGCCAAUCAUUAUGAUGGAACUCAAUACACCAGCAAUGGCAUAAUUGUACUGCAACUAAAAAUUCCAAAUCUCCUUGGGUUUGGUUACACAUUAGACGCCAAAGAUUCAGGUAUGGAUCCUCAAAAACUCGAAGGACGUGUUAUGCUCAGGAUCAUUGGUCACAAAGCUAUUUUUACAGUUGCUCCUCCGAAAACUGGAAAAUAUUUUCUAACAAUUUUCGCCAAAGAAGACUGGCAUUCAGAAUCGUUACAAAGCGCGUGUGCGUUCAGAGUGAAAUGUCGUGAGAAACGGGAAAACAUCAGAAGUCCAUUUCCGAAAGUUCCGUUCUUCGGACCUACUCCCAGCAUGAGUCAGUAUGGGAUCGUGCCACAGACGCACAUAGACCCUCUCGUGGUCUUCAGUUAUGAUGACGUCAUAUUUCAGUUCCAGAUUCAGAAGGAAGUGAAGUUGACACACACCCUCCAAUACCAUGGUCCCUUCCAAAGUGAUAUCACGGACUUUCAACGAUACGUAUUUGUCCGAUAUCGGGACGAAAAAUCAAUUUCAUACCAAGUGCGAUGUCCAAUCAUGGGCAAGUUUGUCUUCAACAUUUUCGGUGGCACGGUAACAUCACCCGAGGAAAACACUGGCCAUAUUGAAUGUUUAUUUCGCUACCUCUUGGACUGUAAACAUCCAGCCAAGGAUAAACGUCCACUGCCCAGGGCAUGUCAUCGCUGGUUCCUUGGCAACAUGCUCGAACCUGUCGUCGGGGACAUUGACCCAGACAGGAGGGUGACAUUCCGUGUACGUGCGCCGUUGGCCAUGGAUGUUGCUAUGCUGGUCGGCGAUGCAUGGUUCCACUUCAAGGAAAUUGCUGAUAGCAUAUGGGAAGGCAAUGUGUACACAGGGAAGGGGCAGUGUAAAGCCAAACUCUACGCCAAACUUACCAAAGAACGAGCAAGAUUCUCCCCACUUGUGGAGUUUAAUAUCAAAUAGUCGUUGUAAAAUUGCCAAAGAAAUAUAAAAGAAAUAUCGUAUUUACACUUUUUAAAUAACUAUUUUGCGAUUCGAGUUGACGAAUUUCGUAGUUGUUUAAAUGAGGACGACUAAACAUCCCAAACAGUAUGAACAAUUGUUUGGAGUUUGGCCGUGUGAUACGUGACUUGUUUGGAGUUUGGCCGUGUGAUACGUGACGUUGGAGUGAAGGUAAUGCUGUUAUCGUGUGGAGGGUUGGCAUUUUCAUGUGUGAUCGUGAUUAGGGUUCAUAAUUAAGUUUGAACUGAAUCAAAUCGGCUGGAGAACCACAAUUUAAUGCUGCUUUUACGUAGUGCUGGAGAGGUUGCCUCCCCUUAUUUAUAUAUUGUUGGAGAAGUUAUCUCCCCUUGUAUACGUAAAAUGAUAUGCUCGUAUCAAUGCAAUCUAGUAGUAGCAAUCAAGUGAGGACCAUUGUCUCCUAACGAACCCUGUUGUUAUCGUUAAUUAUAUUUAUAUAUUUAUAUCGAACGAAAAUACUUUGCGUUAACGUGAGUGAUUGGCAGCAUUUCGUACAAACCUAGUUACAAGUAUUAGAAAACUAAAAUAAAUGUUAUUGUUGGAAAGAAA